AUGGUACAAGAGCCGUACGAUCCGAAUAAGCGACGUCGAGUUAAGAUUAACGCGGAUGCGGAGCGCAAGCUAUUCGCACAAUGGGCCUCCUCUGCAACCUUCAAAAAACAAGCUGAUGAUUUCGAAAUUCACGACUCGGACGAGCUAGGCCGGAAGCUGAGUCCAUUUUUGGAAAAGCUGGGUCUGGUUGGCAAGAAAACGGUAUAG